AUGAACUGUCAAAAAAUUAUUAAUCUGGGGCUCUUAUCUGAAAACGAAUCUUGGACUUUGUUCCAAAAGCAUGCAGAUAUUACUGAUGAAUUCUCUAAAUCAUUGGGUGGUGUGCCACAUGAACUCUGCAAUAAAUGUAAAGGACUGCCUCUAGCAAUUGUAACUGUGGCGUCUUCCUUAAAAGGGAAACACAAAAGUGAGUGGGAUGUUGCACUAUAUAAGUUGAGGAAUUCAGCGGAAUUCGAUGAUCACGAUGAAGGAGUGAGAGAUGCUUUAAGUUGUCUUGAACUAAGCUAUACAUAUUUACAAAACAAGGAAGCAGAGUUGCUCUUUUUGAUGUGUUCUAUGUUUCCAGAAGAUUACAACAUAUCAAUAGAAGAUUUAAUCAUAUAUGCAAUUGGACUGGGUGUGGGAGGAAGACAUCCACUGAAGAUAUCAAGGAUUUUGAUUCAAGUUGCCAUAGACAAACUUGUAGAAUCUUGUUUGCUGAUGCCUGCUGAAGACAUGGAAUGUGUGAAGAUGCAUGACUUGGUUCGCGAAGUGGCCUUAUGGAUAGCAAAGAGGUCAGAGGAUCGCAAAAUUUUGGUAAAUGUUGACAAACCUCUCAACACCUUGGCAGGGGACGAUAGUAUACAAAAUUAUUUUGCGGUAUCAUCAUGGUGGGAAAAUGAAAAUCCAAUUAUUGGUCCAUUGCAAGCUGCAAAAGUUCAAAUGUUGUUGCUACACAUAAAUACCAGUAUAUCACAAAGUUCCUUUGUAUUAUCAAAUUUAACAUUUGAAGGAAUUGAUGGACUCAAGGUUUUUUCUUUAACCAAUGAUUCCUAUCAUGAUGUACUAUUCUUCUCAUUGCCUCCAUCAGUCCAAUUUUUAACAAAUGUUCGAACUCUGCGCUUGAAUGGGUUGAAGUUAGAUGACAUUUCUUUUGUAGCAAAGUUAACAAUGCUUGAGGUUCUUCUCUUGCGACGUUGUAAGUUCAAUGAACUUCCUUAUGAAAUGGGAAAUCUCACAAGGCUGAAGCUACUAGAUUUAUCAGGAAGUGAUAUAUUUGAAAAAACCUACAAUGGAGCAUUAAGGAGAUGUUCACAACUAGAAGUGUUUUACUUCACAGGAGCAUCUGCUGAUGAGUUGGUUGCUGAGAUGGUUGUGGAUGUUGCUGCUCUAUCAAACUUGCAGUGUUUUUCAAUACAUGAUUUUCAGCUUCCACGUUAUUUUAUUAAAUGGACAAGAUCUCUAUGCUUACAUAAUUUUAAUAUUUGCAAAUUAAAAGAAUCCAAAGGGAAUAUCCUACAAAAAGCUGAAAGUGUUGCUUUUCAAUGCCUCCAUGGAGGAUGUAAAAAUAUCAUCCCAGACAUGGUUGAAGUUGUGGGAGGUAUGAAUGAUUUAACUUCUCUAUGGCUUGAAACUUGCGAAGAGAUAGAAUGCAUCUUCGAUAUAACCUCUAAUGCCAAGAUAGAUGAUUUGAUUCCGAAGUUUGUCGAGUUAGAACUCAUUGACAUGGAUAACUUGACAGGAUUGUGUCAAGGUCCACCACUACAAGUGCUAUGCUUCUUUCAGAAACUAGAAAAACUUGUAAUUCAGCGGUGCAUUAAGAUUCACAUCACAUUUCCACGGGAAUGUAACUUGCAGAAUCUCAAGAUCCUCAUCUUAUUCUCAUGCAAGUCUGGUGAAGUACUCUUCCCGACAUCUGUUGCUCAAAGUCUGCAAAAAUUAGAAGAGCUGCGCAUACGUGAAUGUCGUGAAUUGAAGCUUAUAAUUGCGGCCAGUGGAAGAGAGCAUGAUGGUUGUAACACAAGAGAGGAUAUAGUUCCAGAUCAAAUGAAUUCUCAUUUUCUCAUGCCUAGUCUAAGGAGAGUUAUGAUUAGUGAUUGUCCGUUGUUAAAUACUCAAUCUCGAAUUCCUUCACAAUUUAUUGGGAUAUGUCCCGAAUACUGUCUUGCAAAGUGGCCAUCUCACUCUUUAAAGGCUCUUGUUGUGAACGAUUGUCCCAAAUUGGCUUUGUCAUGGAUCUUUGUGAUGAUACGCUCUGAUCAUAGUCAAAAUGAAAACUUGCCCCUAAAACUGGACUUGGAAUUAUAUGAUUUGCCUCAGUUGAACUCCAUAUCAUGGUUGGGUCCUACAACUCCAAGACAGACUCAGAGUCUCCAAUGUCUCAAGCAUUUACAAGUUUUACGUUGUGAAAAUCUGAAAUCUCUAUUCUCCAUGGAGGAAUCUAGAAGUCUACCAGAGUUGAUGUCCAUUGAAAUUGGCGACUGCCAAGAAUUGCAACACAUCGUUUUAGCAAAUGAAGAACUUGCGCUGCUGCCCAAUGCCGAAGUGUAUUUUCCAAAGCUAACAGAUGUAGUAGUCGGAGGCUGCAACAAGUUGAAAAGCCUUUUCCCUGUUUCUAUGAGGAAAAUGCUUCCAAAAUUAAGCAGUCUUGAAAUAAGAAACUCAGAUCAAAUUGAAGAGGUUUUUAAACAUGAUGGUGGAGACAGAACUAUUGAUGAAAUGGAAGUUAUUCUUCCAAACUUGACAGAGAUAAGACUAUAUUGUUUGCCGAAUUUUUUUGAUAUCUGCCAGGGUUAUAAGUUACAGGCUGUGAAACUUGGACGACUCGAAAUUGAUGAAUGCCCCAAAGUUUCUCAAAGUUUGAAUGCAAUUCAGGUGGCAUUAGAAGAUGGCAGUUCUUAAAUUGGUUCUUUGAGGAAUCAAGUUGUUCAGGUCUGCUAUUGCAAUCUUGCAACUGGUUCAACAAUGGAAGAAAUUGGAGUUUUACUUUCAACUAUUCAAUGUUAUUAUUGUGUUCUUUCCCCUUGUAUUUCCACAUGAUCAAUUGAUAUCAUGGUGUAAAACUUAAUAAUAUGACACCGAUGGUAAUUCUUUAAUGUACAACCGUAUUACAAAAUCAAUCGUUGGAUUGAAAGAUGUUACAUCAUAGAUCAUGUCUAAUUUUUUUUUACAUUAAUCGGAAAUUCAUUUGAUAUGUCAAUAAGAUACAUCAAAAUUAACUCAUUUUUUUAAAAGUUUAUAA